AUGGCUGAACGAGAAAUGAAACCAGAAAGAGCUCAGCUUGAGCUCUCGGUUGACGUUGUCGAUAAAUUCGAAGGAGAUGCUCAUCAAGGAAAGGUUGCUGACACUGUUCACAAUGAUGAAGCGACUAAAAUCUUUGCUACCUACGAAGGCGACCAAAACUGGACCCAGGACGAGGAGAAGCGCCUUGUCAGGAAGAUUGAUCGUCGACUUCUGGUAAUUCUGACGAUUACCUUCGCCAUUCAAUUCUACGACAAAUAUAUGCUCUCUCAUGCUGCGAUCUUUGGUCUUAUUGCGGAUCUAAAACUCACCGGAAACAGAUAUUCAUGGUCGGCUUCUAUCUUUUACCUGGGUUACAUUGUCGGUGUUUACCCCCAGGUUCUCCUAGCGCAGAGAUUCAAGGUGCACAUCGUCAUAACAGCCAUUGUUUUUGUGUGGGGCCUCUGUGUGCUGUCAACAGCAUUAUGCACUACAUACAAGGGUCUCUACACACAACGGUUCUUCCUUGGCUUACUAGAAUCUGGUGUCUCUCCGAUCUGGAUGACAGUCGUGGGUAGCUGGUACAAGAAAAGCGAGCAAAGCUUCAGACAGGGCUUGUGGUUUUCUGCGGCUGCCAUGGUGGCGAUUCCUGCUCCUCUGAUCAACUAUGGCUUCGGGAAAACUCACGGGUCGCUCUCGCCUUGGAGGUAUAUGUAUAUUUUUGCAGGCUCUCUUACAACCGUUUGGAGUUUUCAGAUCUUCUUCUUCAUGGAGCCAGAUCCUGUCCAUGCAAAGCGUCUGAGCGAGCGCGAAAAGUUCAUCGCUGUAUCCAGGCUACGGUCCAACAACACUGGCGUCAAAAAUACUCAUUUCAAGUCCUGGCAAGUCCGUGAGCUGCUUUGCGGUGCACAGUUCUGGCUUCUAUUCUUCAUCGCCCUCUUGAUGAAUACCGCCAGCAGCGUCAGCACGGUGUUCUUGCCCAUACUCAUUAGAGCCAUGGGCUUCACUAGCCUCAAUGCGCUCCUGCUCACUAUCCCGAUUGGUGUUGUUGGCACUAUAACCACUUUGGGCCUAACCGCAACCUUGGGUUUUCUUGCGUCACGCAACCUACGACUUCGUGCGUUGACGGUAUGUGCCAUUUUCAUGUUAUUAGCAGUGUUGCUGGUAUGGCAACUACCUCUUAGUGACCGCGGCGGGCGACUCUUUGCGCUAUACUGGAUCAAUUGGUUUCCCGCUGCGUACUCUAUCCUUAUGAAUGUGGCCAUGAUCAAUACUGCAGGAUAUACCAAACGUACACUGACGUCUGCGGGAAUGUUCGUGGGGUACUGCAUCGGGAACUUUGUCACACCUUUCACAUUUCUCACCGAAGAGGCUCCGCGUUAUGAUACCGGCUGUACUUUCGUCACCGUCUGUCAAGCUGUCAUGGUCGUUCUUAUCCUGGCUUACUAUUACCUUUGCGUCCACACGAACGCCAAACGUGAUGCGGCAGGAUUUACAGAGGGUUUUGAGCAUGCAUUCGAGGAUGAUAUGACGGACCAAAUAAAUCCUCGCUUCAGAUUUGGUGGUGUGUGCGCCGAUAUCCCGAGUCUUGAGUACACAGAGAACACCUGGGCAGCUAAUAACAGCGUCAACAUCGACGGCGUAAUGUGGACGGCACAGGCAGCGGGCAAAAUUUUCCAGCGACAGCGUUCUGGAAAUUUCAUCAUUACGGCGUCCGUCAGCGCGACUUUGGUGAAUGUGCCCCAAAGACAGGCUGCGUACAAUGCCUCAAAAGCUGCCGCUGUGCAUUUGGGAAAGAGUCUGGCGGUUGAAUGGGUGCAGUUCGGCGCGAGGGUUAAUAUGAUCUCCCCAGGUUUUAUUGAAACUGAAAUGGUCCUAUCGCAGACUAAGGAACGAUUUGACGACUGGAUUCGCAUGAUACCAGCUCGGCGCAUGGCAAAAGCAUCGGAACUUCAGGCGGCAUAUAUUUUUCUUGCAAGUGACGCAUGA